GAAUUAGAGAGUCCCAAAUACUAUAGAGCAAGAGACUCACUCUGCGAGUUUUUUUCUGUGCUGAGACAUCAACUUUGAGACAGACCUUUUUACCCUGCCUUCCAAGGAUUAAAUUAAUACUGUGAGAGGAUUCAUUUGAGCACGUUCUGUUUUUCAACGGUGAGGUUCCCCGAAAGGAAGUUCAAGAUGCCCCGUCCCUCGCGCGCUUCGUCUGCAGGCAAGAUGAGAAUGAAGAAGAUUCUUCCAAUGGCAACGACUCUGGCAAAAGGCUUUGAGCCUGUGCAUGGCACUGGAGCACGUCAUUGUGUCAAGCCUUGGCCUGUCUCUCCCCACACUGAGAAGUUCAAUCGAUUGGUUCUCCCUCUUGAAUGUCCAGAUAAGCAGUUUGUGCUGUUUGUGGGCGACUCGCAUCUGCGUGCGUUGGCUGACGGUUACGUGAAGAUGCCAGACGGUUGCCUUUCUUUUGGGUUUCUGUCUACGCCUGGGGCGUCUGCCGCUGAGCUUCGCACUGAGUUGUUGAACGCAGACAUCGGUAGAACCCCAGACAUUGUAUGCUUGUUGGCCCCAAGCAACAAUCUUACGGCGACGCCCAGCAUAGAAACCGCUGGAGUUGCCUUCAACGGACUUCUGAGAGCUGCCUGCAGUCGAUGGCCUAAGGUGUUUGUGCUCGAUUUCCCACCCCGGCUGGCCAGUGAAUUGGCGCCGCAACAAUUCCUUAGAGAGGAAUUUCGUCGCGUUGCAGCAAAGAAUGGUGUAAAUUACUGCCUCACAGCUGACCGCUUUCCGCUGGAUUCACGUGCCUUGUGGAGUCAUGAUGGGAUCCACCUGAGUGAUGAUCUGGGGAUGCAGGUUCUCGCGAAGUUGCUGUGGCAUUUCUCUUAUCGGCAGCUAGAGGCAGCUUCACCUCUGCCUGUUACACCUCCGCCUGUGGUUCCUCCCAGGUCACCCCCAACAGUGAGAUCAUUGACUACCACCGUGGUUGUGAAGGGAGAAGUUUCACGUCCACGUCCUCUUGACCCCUUCAAGGAAACUGUUGUCGGACGUCACGGCAAGCGCAGCCAACCUGAGAACUGGGAUGCGCCUGAGGACUGGGAUCAGUCUUGCAUGAGGAUCCUUUCUCAUGAGGUUUGUGUACCACCCGUGGUCCUGCAGGAAUACCCUGUCGUGCUAAACCCUAUCCUGUUUAGCACUGACACGUUGGCUGCAAUAGAUCGCAUUGUUCCUUCCAACCUUGACAGCCCUAUGUAUGCUACCAUGGCGAAUCACACAAAGAAACGGAAGGUGGCACAUGGAACCACAGCUGUUGAGGCAUUUAAAACUCCAGCAACGAUUGCGGAACCUUCAAAGCUGCUACCUCCUCGACCUGUUCUAGAAGCUGCUGUACCAGCCACUCUCGAGGGCAGAGUUUUUGUGCAUUCAAGCAACUUUUCUCAACUGGAGGGGGAUGACAAGUCUCUGUGUGUUGAUGAGUGGCCGUUUCUUCAAACAGAGGUUUGUGAGAAGCUGAAGGUGAACCAGCCAACUGCUCAGGUUGUCUCUAGACAGAGGCAACAAGAGGAGCCAGCAGCUUGGGGGCCAAAAGUUGUGAAGGCCCAGGCUGAUAAACCAACAGCCAAUGAGACCAGCUUCUUGGGAUGUUCAACCAGGAUGACACACAUUGAGGACCAUGAGCAGGAUGAACCAGCACCUGAGGUCACUGCGAACAGUCAGCAGCAGAGCCCGCCUGAGGUCAAUUGCCAGCUUGAAGAUCCUCAUGCAACACGUGGCAAUCAGAAGGCACCCUGUGAUGUUGCUCCUGCCAGAGCUGCUACAUCAAGUCAUGUGACUUAUGAGAACCCUGGGUGUCUUAAAGGAUCGUUUGAUCAGAGCAGCCACAUAUUUGGGGACACUGACAGUGACUCGGAUCUCUGUGUACUUUCUGUAACAGAUAGAAAUUCCCUUGCAGUAAACACGUCUUUUUCCCUUGAAACUGAGCAGCCUGUAGCAAACACUUCCAAAUGUGACACAACUGUAAACAUUGACAGUGAUCUUCCAAUUCACACAGAUGGUGCAUCAGAUGUCUGUUUAAUUUCUGUAACAGAUAGCCCCAAUAUAAUAUUUAAUGGAUUGACAUUAAGGGAAAAAAACAGGAUCUGCAACAAACUGAAUAUCGUACCAAGUUUAGAUCAAAAUAUUGUUGCACAAACCUUCGAUAUGGGACAGCCUGAACCAUGCAAAACAACACCCAUUGAAGGUGACGGUAAUUGUUUCUUUCGUUCUCUUUCGUCUGUUAUUAGUGGUUGCGAGUCACAUCACAAGGCCUUUAGAAAGGCUGUAGUGAAUCACAUCUCAAAUAAUCCACUUCAUUACAUUACUGAAUUUGCUUCUGUGGAGCAAUAUCUCAGGGACUCAAAAAUGAAAUAUGUUGGAUCUUGGGCAACGGUGUUGGAAAUACAAGCUUCUGCAGAUUUGCUCUGUGUUGAUAUUUGCACAUACAGUCAACAGAAAUGGAUUACGUUUACGUCAAACAUUGAGCCGAUUUUAAGAAAAGCUAUAUAUCUGAAACACUUCAAUGAACGCCAUUAUGAACCAAUUGCAUGUGUCAAAGAAAAAACCUCUCUUACAUGCUUUAGUUUAACUAGCUUCUGUGAAAUGUCACACAAAAUGUCCAAUGCAGACCUUGUUUCACCACGCAAAAAAUGUAGUGAUAAAGUAAAAAAUCUAAGAAAAAGGAAAAGAUAUGCUGAAGACACAGAAUAUAGGCAAUUUAAAAAGCUAAAAGCACAACUAAGAUAUUAUUGGGAUGAACAGUAUCAAGCAAAACAGAAAGCUAGCAGUAUCGAAAAAUAUGCUAAUAAUGAAGCGUUCAGAGAACAAGUAAAAAAGAGCAGUAUUGAAAAAUAUGCUAAAAUGAAGCGUUCAAAGAACAAGUAAUAAACAGCAGUAUCGAAAAAUAUGUAAAUAAUCCUGCCCAUCGUAACCAGGUGAAACAAAGAAUUGUAAUCAAAUACAGAGAAGACCCUGUCAUGGUCCGUGUCGUGUUGUGGUGUGUUUCCUUCCUGUGUUGAUUACUGCUCCCUCCCCUAAUGUGUCUCAGCUGUUCCUCGUUGCGUUUGCUACUUAAGCCCUUGUCUUUCCUUUGUUCCUCGUGCUGUCAUUGUGGUUAGUUCGUCCUGCGUGUUCUCUGUUGUCACCUGUGUUCCCUUGCCCCUUGCCACUUGCCCCUUGCCUUAGCCUUUUGGCAGAAACCGUCUGCAUCUGGGUCCUACCUGCCUGCCUGCACCGCUAACCGUAACAGAAUGACAGCACCACCAUUGGACCCAGCGGACGCUAAAUUUUUCCGUGAAUUGGAGGAUUUGUUAGUUUCAAUAAUCAAAGCUAUGGAUGGCUGGGAGAACAUUCACAGCAGGAAGGAGCAGGAGGCUCUGAUGGGGCGUACGUGCAGGGCUGCUGCGUCAAGGCCCGUAUUGGGGGACGUCUUACCCGAGUGGGCAGUCGAGCUGCUCAACCCCACAACCUUUUGGCCGGAGAGCUACAUGCCACUGCCACCGGCCUAAGCCUCCACGCUCCCGCUACCAGCCACUGCCCCGGUCCCCAGCUACCAGCCUCUGCCCCCGGUUCCCCGCUACCAACCUCUGCCCCUGGUCCCCAGCUACCAGCCUCUGUCCCUGGUCCUCAGCUACCAGCCUC